CAUAACACCGUUAAACUCCCGCCAAUGAAAGAGAAUCAAACACCACACAAGGUUUUCGCGCGUUCCGCAGAGAACCACCAUGGCAGAACUAAGGAUUUUCCGUCCAAGAGGUCUAACAAGGCACACGAUUCAUGAACCCUAACUUCUCACAUCUCUCGUUUUUCUUUUCUGUUUUUAAUUUUAGAUUGAAUUUCUCGGCACUCAUUUCCUGUCGCCAGAUUGCCGAUAAAAGCUUGAAUGCGGCAUUUGCAUCGGUUUCUGAAGAUUCCGUGGAUUUAUCACCGUUCUCAGAGAUCUCAGAUACAAUUCGCAACGAAGAUCUCACAACCUUCUUCUUGGAAGAACCUUCCUCGGUGACUUUGCUUCCAUCUGAUUUAACUCCUAAAAAACUGAUUGACAAGACGGGAAGUAUUAGCUCCACUAGUUGUACUGGUGCAGAUGAAAUAGACUGUUCUAAGUUUAAUUCUGUGGAGGCUGAGAUUACUGUGAAUUUUCUCAGAAAUGUUAAAACUGAGUUCCUCAAUUCGGUUAAUGCUGCUCCCCAACGUAGAAUAGAGCUUUUAGAUAGAAUAAUUGAAUAUGUCGUAAGCGAUCUCCAAACCUAUACCCUGCCAGAGGAGAGUGAUCAGUUUGUUCAUUUGAUUUCAAUGAAAAAGCGCAUGUUGUUUCUGUUUACCUUCAUUUGGGUAAUUGGAGUAUCAGCUGUUCUUUUCUUCACUUCAGAUACUCGUAGCCCUUACAGAGGACCAAGGCCAACAUGAAUCAUUAUAGCAAAAAGGUUGAUAUGCUUUUAGAUUACGGGGAAAAGUGGUAAGAUUUUCAGUUAUGUAUCUAGUAAAUGUAUCUUUUUAACAGAAAAUUCAGAUGAAAUUGAUAUAGCUCGUUCUUAGUCGUACACUUGACUUGAGGUACUUAGAAAUGUAGAAUUGCCCUGAAGUUGCAUAGACUGCCAUUGAAGUUGUAAUAAAUAUACGUAUGAAUACCAGUAUUUGUAUG